GGGGGGCGGCCUCGGCGCCCCGGGAUAGCGCGGCCUGCUGCCCGAGUGCGGGGCCUGCCUGCGGCUCCCGCCGGGCCGAGCCCGAGGAGGCGGCGCUCCGAGCUCGUGCCCCCGGCCGCCUCGGGCCAGAUCCCCCAGCUCCUCGCCCCGCGCUGCUUGGGCCCCAUGGCAGCUGGGCCGGAGUCGUGCCUCCUGCGGCCGCAGCGCGGGGUUGGGGUUGGGGCCAGGCUCCCCCCGCCCCUCUCCUUGCAGCUGGUGGUGUCUGCUGCCGCUGGCAGAGUGGGAUCGGGACCGCCCGCAGGAGCUGGCCUGCAGACAUGGGCACUGCCUAUGCAGCCCACCGGGGAGAAAGGCUGCAAAAUCCAAGUGCUGAAGUAAGGGAAUUUGCCUGUGCCAGCAUUUCAAAACUGUUACAGCAGAAGCAUACAAUUCCAGAUUUUCUGCAGAGAGAUGUUGUCCGGUGUUUAGGCCCUAUGUUGCUAGAUCAAAGUUUAGCUGUUCGUGAGACAGCUGCUGGAGCUCUCCGAAAUCUCAGUGCCUGCGGAGGCUUUGAAGUUUGUGAUGACAUGGUGACUAAAGAUAUCAUGACACCCCUGGUAGCACUUUUGAAAGAGUGCAGUGCUGGACUCGACGCCAACCAGGCCUCCCCAAAGAAAUGCAAAGAUACAAACAAAAAUUAUAUUGAAGACAUAGCCAAUGAGGCUGUUAAUGUGCUUUGGAAUGUAUGUGAGUGCAAUGGCACAGCAGUAUCUAUAUUCAAUAAAGAGGGUUGCUUGGAUGCCAUGUUACAGUACUUGAAGAAGUUCUCCACAAAUGUAGAUCUGGCUAUCUCUGCAGCAAAUUGUCUACAAGCAGUGACAGAAGAUAAUCCAGAGCUGCUUUCUUCUUUCAGUUCUUCUGCACAUCAAGUAUUGGAAUCUGUAAUGCUGUCCUCAGAUACUGCCAUGGAGUAUAUCCUUUUAAGGACAUUGGUGGCAGGCACUGGCUGGAAUAUAAAAGAUACCAUCCCAUCCAGUAGCUUGGCAAGUACAGUUAAUGCUAUGUUGAAGAUUUUUUCAGAAUCUUUAGCAAUAGAUGCUGGUGAAACUAUUAUUCAGAUGAAAGAAGCUGAAACACAACGGUUAAAGCUUGCUGCAGAGGCAGAAACUGAGGAAAAUAUGGAUGACAUGACAGACAAAUCUAUAUUGAAUGAAGAUGUUGAAAUGGAAGAAACACCGAAAGGAAAAGCCAGAAGAAAAAAUAAUGUUCUGGAUCUGCUUCCAUCAGAUAAAUUGGAGCUGAAACAAGUGACAGCUUUACUGAUGGCUCAGCAGACUGCACUGGAAAUCAUUGUUAAUAUGUGCAGUAGCGAAGAUCCUUCUGAUGAUGAAUGGGAAGAGCUUUCCAGCAGCGAUGAAAGUGAUCUGUUUAUGGAGAAUUCCUACGAUGAGGGCAGUGGGCUGCUGAUGUCUCCCCUCUGCCUUUCUGCUGAAGUUCAUGCUGCACUUCUGAACUACCUUGUUCCCAAAAAGAUUCUUGACAAAACUGCUUUUCCAAACAGUGUUGCUGUAGACCUCUGUGCACAUAGCCCAUCUUGGAAACCAUUAAUUAAAAAGUUGAAUGUGGUCCAAUGUAGAGCUCUAACAUGUCUCCAUAGCAUUUUGUUAGUAGCAGAUGUGGAUUGCCUUGGAGGAUCUUCGGCACUUCAGUCACUUUCACAGCACCUGUCCCAGUUAGUUUUUUCUCAGUCAGUAUUUCCUAAAGACACUGAGUUCCUAGAAGCUGUAACUAGUGCCUUGAGAGCUCUCUUGCAAACAAUGGCAUCAAAGAACAUAUCACAGUGCAUAACUCCUGAGCAGCUGAUAACUUUAUGUGAAGCUGGAAUUCAGUGCAGCAAUGUAAGCGUUAGAGUAAAUGUAGUUAGUAUCCUAGGAAUUGCUGGGAGUGUGCUGGCAAAAGUAGAAGAUUCAGCUGAAACACUAAAGAUGAUUGGGAAAUUUCUUCUUGAGGUUGCUGUGAAGGACUCUUCACUUGUGGUAGCUGGAGAAGCUCUGGAUGCACUUUUUGAUGUUUUUGCAGAUGGUAAAGAAGCUGAAACAGCAGCUGUUGAGAUUAAAUUGCUUCCAGCACUGAAAGAAUUCCAGCCAGUCUUCAAAAUGAGGAUACGGAAAGAAGGAAAAAAACAGUACAGCACGGACCAGUUGUGCGUCCUAGACAAUAUAAAAAUGAAUUUGAGAAGAUUCAUUGCCUACCAAGAGACAUUGGGGAAAAAAUGACUUCUUGAAAAAACAAAAGACUUUGAAAGCAUUAUAAGUAAAGGCUUUCUUGAUUUUGAUUUCCUUGUAUUUAGAAUUCUAGAAUUGGAGGGGAAAUGGGAUUUUGUUUUGCUGUUAAUGUUGCUUUUCUCAUACAGUGUUUUUUAUAAUUCCUGGGUUGAUGCAAUAUUAAAGCUGGCUUCAGCGUGUAAGUGCAGCAUUAGUUUGAGACUAAAUGUUAACACUGAUGGAAUGUACUCUUGCAAUCUGGAGACCUGUAAAUAGAAUUUACUCUCCUUGUAUAGAAAUCUGUAUUUUGGCACAAAAUUAAUUGAAUAAGAAAGUAAUAAAAAUUAUAUCUUGGUGCAUGGUAGGCCCAGGAAACCAUAAAAAAAUAGAUACUUUGCAAAGGUCUAAUGUUCAACUACUGUUUUAAUGUUUAUUGUUUGCUCUUAACAGUUUCUAGAGCUGAAAGUUUCCUAAGCAAAGUAUGAUAAGCGCAUAGACUGUAACUGGCAUUUAGAUCUGUUGCCCUCAGGCUUAUCAAAGAAGACAUAUCUUUCUACAUGACCAGUAAUUGUAGUUUGGGAAAACUUGUAAAAAGUACUUUUAAGAUUUCUGAAAAUCUGAUUGAUUUACUUCCCUCCUUUUAGAGCAUAUGUUAAACUUAAAAGUUUGUAUUCAGGGAAGUAUUAAAUCUAAUUACAUACGUAACUUUUUAUAUUGAGGUAUGAUAAAAACUAUUUUUUAUAAUUGGGUAAAUUAUACCCCACAUGAAUUAUAAACUGAGAUUUGAGAAAGGCUUAUAAAAUUCAUUAUAUAUUAUAAAAUUCAUUCACUAUUUUUGAAGCAUCAUGUAUGCAUAAAGAUAAAUAGAAAUAAACUCUUCUUUGUUAAUUAGUUUUUAUUAUCUAAAAUUGGAUGCUUUUGCUCUCCUGAAUUAAAUACUUGAUUAAAAAAAACAAACUUGGAAUGUGUAUGUAGCUUGGAACAACAGGGAACAUAGAGGAAAAUACAGACAAUGGUCUUCAAAACUUUAUUCAGGUUAUUUGGGUUACUAAGGCUGAAGUUUAAUUCUGUUCAAAAUUGUUAUAAUUGUGAUUUUUAAUCCUGGCAGGCCAACAGUUAAACCAGUUUCCAAAGCAAUUCCAUAUUUUCUUAAGUAAAUCCUGCUUCCUUCUAAUUCAUACUAUCUCAGCUUUUGAUUCUUAAUAUUUCACUAUCUUUCUGUUUAUGGUUACUUGUCUGUCUUUGUCUUUUUCUUUGGUGAUAAGCCCUAGGAUAGCUACCUCAGAUGCUUGGUGGUAAGCCCUAGGAUAUCAAAUCAACUCUAGCCAUUGUCCAGGUUAUGGAUAAGUCCACAGUUUCUGAAAACCACACGAUGUCUCUGACCUUAAGGGUAGUGAAGGCUAGAUUCCCAAGAUUUCUUAAAAUCUUUUUCAAAGCCUGAAGGACCUACCAGUAUUCUCCCCAAAUUGCUACUUCAGUAAGAAUCUUUGGGAAUCCUUUAGAUCAGGGCUGUCAAACUCACUUAGCUUCUUAGGCUAAGUGCAGACAGUCCAAAAGCCUGAGGCUGAAUCGAUUCAGUCUUUGCAGGUUUCUCUAAACUGCAUAGAUUGAACCAAUAAGCAAGUGAACUGAUGUUCACUUUUCAGACAGGAAAGGCAGCCAAACCCCUGCAAUAGCCCAGACCAGUAGCCAGCGCCUCCCAACCACACCCCCUCCUCAGCCCCUAGGCAGUGGAGGAAUGGGUGAGGGGGGAAAACCCACCUCUCCAGCCCAUCACCAAACCCCCAGCCAGGAGCAGCCCAGCAUGGGGUGCUUGAACCAAGGGCUUUACUCUGCCUUGGGGGCCAGCUCAGGGAGGGUGGAUAGGGGCUGGGAACCAGAGUGGGGCUGGAGUCUUGUAGCCAUACCCUCUUCAGCCUCCCAGCCAGUUGAGGACUGCAGGGGAGGGGGAAGAGGCAGGGGUGUAGCCCUUGCUGGGGCUUGGCUCCUGGCUCCCAACUCUGGGUUGGAGCGAAGCCUCCUGCUAAGGACUUCCUCUCCCUCUGCCCCCAGCCAGCCCAGAGGCCGAGAGGUAGUAUGGCUCCUGGCUCUAGGGGCGGAGGGGCAAAAUGAAGCCCCCUUGCUGCAGGCUUCCCCCACCACUCCCAGACAGGCAAGAGGCUGAGGAGGGGGCAUGUUUCUUGGGUCCCAGUUCUCAGGGCAGAGUCAAGCCCCAGUGCCAGCUUCUUUCCCCAUACCCCCACCCCUAGCCAGCCCAGAGACUGAGAAGGGAGCAUGGCUCUGGAGGCAGUCAAUCCUCCAUUGCAGGCUCCCUGCUCUCUGUAUGUCAGCAGCAUCCAACUGGCAGUCUGGCAAUCCACCCCCCUCCCUGUGCCAGUAGUAGUCAGGUGCUGGUCUGCUCCCCUACCUCUACCCCCUCCUUAGUCAGUCAGAGAAAUAACAGUGCUCCAGCUAGGGAACAGAGGGGUUGGGGUAGACCCUGCUCCCCUGAAGCAGACAGAAUAGCCCAGGGCUAUUUUGAAAGUGGUUUAACUACACUGAACUUCUGUUCUGUUACAGGUUUAAAUCAGUCUUUGAUCACUUAAGCUGAUUUAUGUGUACCUUCUGUCCCUAACCUUAGGAGCCAGAUUUGAACCACAGACCCCUUGGGGACUAGAUCCAGACCCCAGACUGUCUCAGGAGCUGGGCAAAUGGGAGACAGGGAGCUGUAGGGGUUAAUGCAGCCAGUGUUUACCCCUGUUGCUGACACUCAUCCCUAAUGGUGCUUCAUAUGCUAGGUUUUGGCAUUGGUCCCUGUCCCUUUUCCCCUCUCCCCUGAAUUCCUGGGCCAAAUGACAUGGCUCUACAAAUGAUACAACCCACAGGCUGUUUGUUUGACAGCCCUGCCCUAGAUUGAUUGUAAUUUUGGGAGCAUCAAUUAGUUGGUAUGUUGCUUUUUCUUCAGAUUACUAAAGAUGGCUUGUUGCCUUAGACAAAUAAGUAAAUCAUAUCUCUGCUAUCUAAUUUAACUUCAAAAUAACGGAUAGGAGUAAUAGUUGAAAUACAUGGAUUUUCUUGUAUUUUACAGAAGGCCAAGUGUUCUUUUGGUGAUCUUUAAUGACAAUCUAUUCAGAGCUGUUCUUUAAUGUUAAAUAUCCAGACAGAAAAUCAACCAUGACUGGUUAAGUUAAUGAUUGAAUUAUCUAGUUGGGCUCAUGCCUGAAAUACAGGGAAAGCAUUACCUAAUGUUUGUCUCUUACCUAAGUGGCAUAAGGAAAUGCUAAUGAAUCUCAGAUUGAGAAACUGGGCCAUCUAUCUCCCUGCUUUACAUUGAGUACCAUAUUUAUUCUUUUCUUGUGUUAGUAUGGUUAAAAGAGCAUGUUUAAAUCAUACAGAACUUUUUAAAUAUUGUGUAGGCCUAAUAUUAACAUUUCAUUAUUGGAAGCAUUAGUCAGUUAAUUUCUGGUUUAAUUUAAGACAUUGAAACAAGUUAGCUUGGCCCUGUCUGAAAGAAAUAUCUCUGAUAAAAUAAAUAAAUAUGGGAGGAACAAUAUCAACAUCACAGCUCAGAGCAGACUUGGUUUGAAAGGUUUUAAGCCCUUAACCAUAUGGAGUUAAUGUGCAAGCAAUUUCAGUUCCUCAUCACAUCAACUCUAUUCAUGUUUACUGCCAUAACAAAUUAGUGUUAGGCUGGUUAUUUAGAGCCUCUUUUAACCCUUCCCUUCCCUAAGUUAAAUCUUAGGGAUAUUUUUUUUAGGUAGGAGUUCGGAGUCUGUCCCUAAAAAAAUCUGUCUUCCUUCUGAUCUUUUCUCUCUGUAGUCACUCUUGCAGUAAUGCUGUAACACUUCACUACAAACUAAGUUUUUUUUUGUUUUGUUUUUUAAAUUGGUUGUUGGGUUAUAGUGGGCUCACACACCAGCUUUGCUGUACACUUUUCUCUUUAUCAUCUGUUCUUUUUUUAAAGGACUUUAUCUCCCAUUCAGCAGCAUGUUCCAUUUUGAAGUGACAUCAGAGUCAUAAGAUGUUACAAAGCAAGGAGUGUGGUUGUGGUUUGCUGCUUUCUUUUCCCUCUCUUUGGAGUAUGGGAUUUGGAGCUGUUUGGCCCUAUUUUAACUGAACCCCAGCAGUGAAGUGGUGUGUAAUUUGUACAUUUUGCUAUAAUUACUGAAGUUUUAAGAUUAAUUAAUUGUUUGUCUCAGAAGUUUGUCAUUGUAUUUUGCGUAAAUGACAUCAUUCUGAUUUUACAAGCAUCUAUUGAUUCUGUACUGAAAUAGACUUCAGAUCCUCUUUUAAAUAGUCUGUCUUGCCACUAGCCACUGCUAGUUUAUAGCUCUUUUUAAGUAGCACACCAACAUCCUUGGCUAUCCGUUUUAGGUGCAGGGUAGCAAUAUGGCUUGUGGUAUGAAGACUUUUUAAGAAAAAAAAAAAAAGCUACAGACCAUAGUAUACAAGAAUCUCUGUUCAAACAAAACAAAUAUAAAAAAAUAACCCCAUGAAUGGAGAAAGAGAAAUACAUUUACUACCUCCUCAAUAGUCUUCCAGCUCUUAGCACCUUCAGACUUUCUAUGCUGCUCAUAUUCCUGAUUUAGUUUUCCCUCUUAGCAUUGUAGGGCUGAUGAGAUGCUAGAAAAGUCUUUUUCCAGAAAGCAUUCAGUGAGUAAACACAAUCCUCCUCAUGACCCCUUGAACUGCACACCCUAGUCUAAUCUUUAUGUCUCUUUCUAAAAGACAACUUCCAUAAGCUUUGAACUCGAAUACAAGCUAAAACACAAACCUGGUGAGUUACCAUGGUAAUACUAUAAUAGUGACAUAGGACUAAACCUUCAGAUAUUUGCAUGCCAUCAUUAAGCAGCCAAUGCAAAGAUUCUGUUUUUACAUUUACCUCUUAAAACUAUCACACUUGUAUAUUUAAAAUUGCUAUAUAACAUGAAUGUAUACCUCUGUGAGCCAAGUCUCAAAUAUAGGGUAAGAACAAAGAGAAGAAGGUGAAUUACCAAGGGAGCAGUUUUAGCAAUUGGUUUCUUCUUUAAAUUCUAGACACUGCUUCUCCCCUGUUGAGACUCCUUUUUUUCUCCCUUAUCUCUCUUGUAAAGAUGAUCUAUGCUCUUUGAUGUCCUCUACUCUUUGUUAGAUCCCUUUAUAUGUUUCAGUUGCUUCCUCUGAACAGUGCAAUCCUUCAUGCUGCAAGCUUUUUGGCAAUCAUUACACUUAUUUUUAAUGCUGAAUUAGAGAUAAUAAAAUAUUUUACUUGAGAAAAUA